AUGUCCUUCCUGAUCGUCACUGGGAAUACUGGGUUCCCAUGCAUGCUUCGGUUGAUCAUCUGGCUGCUCUCAUGGUUGGCACCCUAUGGUAGUGGCCUCAAUGAGGAGCUUCAAUACCUCCUGGAUCACCCACGCCGAUGCUUCACGCUUCUUUUUCCUAGUGGAGAAUUGUGGAGGCUCCUAGGGGUACUGAUCUUGCUCAAUGGGGUUGACUUCACUGUUUUCUGCACCCUCUCCGAUACAUUCAUCCUGCCAUCCAAGUAUCUUUCCGUCAUGAUGUACAUUUCCGCUUUCCCAACCGCCAUCGCCAUGCGCGAAACCAAUGUAUACGAAGAAAGGAGUCUCGGAGUCUACGAGCAUGACUCCGAUUCAGAAGCAGAAUCUAGGAACGGAAAACAUAUAGAACUGGCCGUGAACAUCCAGCGACAACCGGGAUUCGAUCUCUGGUACGUCAUGCUCGGACUCUUCCUCAUUGCACUCACGGAAGGAGGCCGUCUCCAGAAAGCCGCCGACGACCCGGCCUUCUGGCUCUUCUCUGUUCUCUUUGAGAUUGUAUUGUACGGGUCUUCGGGCUCUGUCCGGGAUAUCCUGAGACAGAAACAAGCUUGUGUGCCCAGUUUAAUUGGGUGUCAAAAUUGGUCAUUAUCGCAAUGCAGUUGCGUGGAAGACAUCGUGGACUCCCACACGCAUUGGAUCAUGCGAUUCUGCUGUCAUGUGAAUCGCAUGAAGAUGACCAGGAGGAAAGAUCGAGCUGGAUGGGAACUUGGCUCAAGAGGCGUGCUUCGAGUUUAA